AUGGGGGACUGGUCCAUUCUUGGUCGUUUCCUGACAGAGGUUCAAAACCAUUCCACAGCCAUCGGCAAGAUUUGGCUGACAGUGCUGCUCAUCUUCCGCAUCAUGCUUGUGGCACUGGUGGGAGAUGCAGUCUACAGUGACGAACAGUCCAAGUUCACUUGCAACACCCAGCAGCCCGGCUGUAGUAACAUCUGCUAUGACACGUUUGCUCCCGUCUCUCAUCUGCGUUUUUGGGUCUUUCAAAUUGUUCUUGUUUCCACUCCUUCUAUUUUCUACAUUGUCUAUGUUUUGCAAAAAGUUACAAAGAAAGAGAAGAUGGAGGUCAGCAAAGCUUAUGUGGUCUCCAGGGCCCUGAAUUUGCAAGAAAGAUGCGCUCAUCUGAAAAUGGAUGAAGACAAAGUCCUGAAAGCUGGAAAUCCUUCUGAUGCUACUUUUAAUGACCAUAACUGGAGCUCACAGGAGGAUGAGUAUGAGGACAGGAGCCAGCUAGAAGGAAAAAUGAGAGAAGUACGGGAGGACCCAACCAAACUCUCAAGCCAAGUGCUUCUUAUCUACAUCAUACAUGUUGUUCUGCGCUCCAUCAUGGAGAUCAUCUUCCUCAUCGGGCAGUACUGCCUCUUCGGGUUUGAAGUUCCACAUCUGUUUCGCUGUGAGACCUAUCCUUGUCAGAACAGAACUGACUGCUUUGUGUCUCGAGCAACAGAGAAGACCAUUUUUCUGAACUUCAUGUUCAGUGUCAGUCUUGGUUGCUUUGUUCUGAACAUUGUGGAGCUGCAUUAUUUAGGCUGGAUUUAUAUUUUCCGAGUGCUCUUGUCUGCAUGCUGCACGCGCUUUGAGUCAAACAGAGAACAUGGGCAGCAGACGGAACUGUACUCCAUCAGUAAUCCUCUGCUGCUGGAACUCAAACAUUCACUACGAGGAAGAGUUGUUCUGCAGACCACCACUGCCAUGUCCAGGGACAGGGACAUCAGUGUCCCAAACCAGGCAGCAGCCAUCUCCUUUGAGACAGACUCCAUUUUGGAGUGCAUUACAAAGGGAAAUUCAGAUGAAAAGGACCGCACCAAGACCAGGCUGAACAUGGCCAAAGGAGGAAGAGGAAAAAAGUCCUGGCUUUGAGAUUUCAACCUUAAAUUUGAAUUUCUGAUUGAACAUUAUACUUCAGGGCAACUAGAGAACUGAAGAGCAACAUCCUGUGAAAAUAUUACCUGGAUGACGGAGAAUCUUUACAGACAUAUAUUUAUAAAUAUUUGUACUCUUCUUUUAACUCCUUGACUAUCAAUUUUUUAUGAAUAUUUAGUUUAGAAAAACCACCUUUCAGUUUUACAUUUGGAAUUAUUGAAAAUGUAUGACAGUUUUAGAAGUUUGAGCAAAAUGUGUCAUGGUAUUUUUUUAAUCAUUCAUUAUUGCUGUUUCUUUGUUCUAAACAUUAAAACAAAUAAUCGUUUCAGUUAUGAAAAAAAGAAAGCAGAGCACCAAUAAACAAUUUCGGUAUGGAAUUUUUAAUGGAAAAAAACCCCGUUUGUUUAAAAAAAAUAAAGCAAGAUAAAAAAAAGGAAUUAAAUAAAAAAACAUUUUAAAACAAGAUUUGAAAUAUAUGCACAGUAACUAUCACUGAUGCAUCAAUAUAGCCUACUCUUGAAAAUUGCAUAAAAAAACAACAAACAAACAAAAACAAAAAACAACAGCAGCAGUAAAAUAAAGCAACAAUUGAAAAAAAAAAACCUGAGGGAAAAAAUACUGUCUCAUUUAGAUGAA